ACGCUGUAAGUCCAGGAGGAUCCAAAGCGCGUGCGCAGUGUCCACGCGACCUUAAAAACCACUCUUAGACUCCACAUGCACGCCAGUUGUUGGUAAACAGUCUGAGCGCGCAACGAUAGCGUUAAAUUAUAUACCGUUAAUUUACCGGGUGAAGUAACUUGUAAAAUGACAGGACCAAAUGUUGCAGGGGUCACCAAGAACGAGUGCAUCUGCGCUUCCGACGAAGAGCCUGAACAGUCGCAAUUGGUGGAAGACCACGAAGCUCACGUGUUGGUAGCGGAAUGGAGAUUGCACAAGUUCCAGUCGCCCAUAGAGCUGAAACACGACGAUAGCAUUCAUCACGACCACUUUGAGCCGUUGGAAUUCCACGGGCACUGGGACAAAGGGGGCAAAGCUUUUUUGAAAAACACUGGCAAAACGGCCGUACUGCGUUUUGAGAGUCGAGAACUACCCGUGUUGGUCGGCGGGCCGCUUCACGAAGACACCUACGUUUUUGAGCAGCUUCAUUUUCACUGGAGCGCCGAUGAUACCAGCGGUUGUGAACAUAUCUUCGAGGGCAGAGCGUAUUCAAUGGAAGCCCACGCCGUCCACUACAACACGAAGUAUGCAGAUUUCGAUGAGGCCCACGACAAACCGGAUGGAUUGGCUGUGGUCGGGUUCUUCUUGGAAGCCACGGACAACGAAGACAACCCUUGUUUUAAUAAGUUGACCAACGCGGUCAAAAAGAUCGUCGAAAUUGGAUCCAUGACGUGCGUUCCGACCGACUGUCUGACGUGGAUUAAAGAGGAAGCCCAGUGCAAGGGGUAUUACACCUACCAGGGUUCUUUGACGACGGAACCCUACACGGAGAGUGUCACGUGGAUCCUUUAUCCUACGCCGAUUCACGUGUCACGCGAACAGGUGGCUUACUUCAGAAACAUGAAAUCCAACGAGAAAACGACCAUCGUUAAUAACGUGAGACCCCUUCAGACUCCGCCGGAACACAAAAAACUAAACAUCAUUUACGCGCGGUCGCACAGGAAGAGCGAAUAAUUUUUGACAGUAGUACCAACGUUGGCACAAUGUUAUCGCUGCUAUAAAGGCAAAUGGGAUUGCGGUGGGCGUCGCAUAUGCCGGCUGCAAACCGAGUCACCCAGCGCUGUCCUUCAUUUUACGCCAUCGGGAAACUGUAUUAAGUAAAUAAAAACCGGCACUUAAUCACAGACAGAUUUUUCUUUAACACUGUGUAUAUCGAUGUACUUAAUAUAUUUUUCAACGAAAA